CUCAUGUUUGAGAUUUACCAAUCUGAGGGACAUCUGUAUCCAAAUCCACAGGCAUUAAAUGCCAAGGAAAAGACCGCAUCCUAUCUUUAGGCAUAUAGGCCCUGUCUAUGGUCCCCCUUCUCUAAAAGAAUUUGCUUCAUGUGACAUCAACCUUUUACUCUUAUAACUCUGCAUUCCAGCUUUGAAAAUAGUUCAUGAAAUCACUUCUGCUGCAUAUUGAUUUUAUGGUUUUAUUCCUAGUUAAUUUUUCUACAGUAUUAUGAAAUACUUGAAAUACUACCAAUUUAGUUUGACACUAUUUAUAUUCUAAUUUUCUGGUGGUCUUUUUUAAGGUGUGCAUGUUGUCACUAUUCAAGGGUGCUAGGUUUCUCUUGAAUUAUUAAAUGGAACUACAUUAUCUAGGGUUUAGUUAAGCGUUGACUCUAAUUAAUCAGUCACCUGAUUCAGUUCUGUGGGGUCAGCUGGUGAUCCAAUCAUGGAUGUAUGUUUGACCUGGUAAUGUGGUAAAAUGCAUAUAUUAAGACACAUUUUAAAUGAGAUGAGAUAAUGGACUGUGGAAAUGUGACUAUAUUUUCAGAUAUUUUCCUUUAUAUCUAAAUGUUAGAAUGUGAUCAAGAGUGUAACCACUAUGAUGAGUGAGUAUAUUCUGAUUAGUCUAUACUGAAUCUAGGAUGGACAGACCUCCUGUCAGACUGUCACCAAAUACUUAGACCUGGCAAAACCAGGAAAUUCUAGCUUAUUGGGAUGUUUAGCAUAGCUUUUUAAGAAAAGAUCUUUACCUCAAUAUAUUACAUUUUUUUUGAUGACUUGAAAUCAGUUGAUUACAAUAGGAACAAUGAACCCUUAGUCCUUCAAAAAAAUUCAUGUAUAUCCUUAAAACAUACAAGAAAUGCAGGAUGCAUCAUAGGUGAAGAAUGAUUUUUCCUGUCAGAAAUCACAGAAGAGCAGUGGUUGCUUUUCAAAUCCCCCAUUACAAAAGAAAAUUUCAGGGACCAUGUGUACCAACACAUAUGGUAGUGUGUUUUUGUAUUUUGAAACUGCAUCUUGAGUUUUAAAAACUGUAAUAUCUAUUGUUCCCCCCCCUCACUCAUAACUUCUAACCAUUUGGUUCUCUAUUUAUUCAUGGAUGGGUGUUCUUUGUUGUUGUUGGGUAACUGUGAAAAUCCAAUCACUAUACUACAGAAGAAAAUAAAAACUCUGUAGUACCUCUUCACAAAAGGCACAGAUCUGAUUUUCAGUGCAAAGAAAACAAACCACUGUAGCCUGUACAUGUAUAAAUUCAAAAUCUGAAAACUAACCAAUUACUGAAUGUAUAUUUAGCAUCCACCCUUCAAGUCUUGAAGGGAGGAGUUUCCUAAAGUCAAUAAAAUCUGUGCUUUGUUCUAACAAUGUGAUAAACCUGCAAAGCAUGACAAUCUCCUUCUCCUACUUAUUUUCGAUCUAACAGCAGUUUGGUAUCUAAAUAAAAAUGGAAUCACCAACAAAAAGUGGAAUACCAUUAAGUGUGAUUAAUCCACAGUUCCUGCACUCAAACUCCACUAGCCAUAAGUGGCCCUUCAGUGCUAUAGCAGAACUGAUUGACAAUGCCUAUGACCCAGAUGUCAGUGCAAAACAAUUGUGGAUUGAUAAAACAACAGUCAAAGGCCAGGACUGCCUCAUCUUCAUGGAUAAUGGAAAUGGCAUGGACUAUGACAAGAUGCACAAAAUGCUGAGUUUUGGCUUCAGUGAUAAGCAGGCAGUAAGAGACCAUGUUCCAGUCGGUCUUUAUGGUAAUGGUUUUAAGUCAGGCUCCAUGCGCUUGGGGAAGGAUGCCAUUGUGUUCUCAAAGCAAGCCAACACCAUGUGUGUGGGUCUCCUGUCACAGACUUACCUCGAGAGGACAGGAGCACAGAAUGUCGUAGUGCCUAUUGUCAUGUUCACCAAGACAAGACAGACUGUCAGUGCUGCACCAGAGCAUGCAGAGAGUCUUAGUGAUAUCCUGACACACUCUUUGUUUAAGAAUGAGGUAGAACUGCUAUCUGAAUUCAGUGUCUUUGAAACACUGUGCAGCAACUCAAGUGGAACCCGCAUCAUCAUCUGGAACCUACACAGAUCUUCCGGAGAAUUUGAACUUGAUUUCAUGAAGGACCCCAAAGACAUCCGGAUCCUUGAUGAUGUGUACAAGAAAUUCAGGGAGAAAAACAAGCGUCAGGGUCAGGAAAGCAAGUCAGUGCCUGAGAGUGUCUAUUCACUACGGGAAUACUGUAAAAUCCUGUACCUAAAUCCAAGAAUGGAGAUUAUCCUUCAAGGGCAGAAGGUUGAAGCUCAGUCUAUCACAACAACUCUAGCAAAGACCCGGACGGACACAUACAAACCUGAAUGUUUGAAAAAAAAAAUAACAAUCACAUUUGGCUACAACAAAGAGAACAUGGAGCACUACGGAUUGAUGAUGUAUCACAAAAACCGUCUCAUCAAAGCCUAUGUGCAUGUCCCCUUUCAGCGCAAGACUAUCCACAGAGGAUAUGGAGUUAUUGGGGUUAUAGAGUGUAACCACCUCACACCAAUUCACAAUAAGCAGGACUUUGAGGAUACUCAAGAGUACAGGAACACCAUGAAGAAUCUAAAUAAUAAACUUGAGGAUUAUUGGUCAUAUAACUGUUAUAGUUAUCAAGCCUUUGGAUCCGAGAAUACUGAUGAGAGAACCAAGAAGCUGCAGCAGAAGAAGAGAAAGCAGAGCCUUGUGAAUCCAAGGUCAUCCAUGCCAGUGACACCCAGACCUUCUAAUGAUGCUUCUGUUGUCAUUCUGGACAAAUCUCUCUCUACUACUCCUAAAAGGAAGAAGAAAGCCCUGGACCUGAGUCAAGAGAAAUCAGAGAAAAAAGCUAGAAGAAAAUGUUUUGACAAUUACAUUCCAGAAUUUCCUGCCUUGAUCAGUAGUAAUCCUGAUACAGCAGACUGGAAGGACUUUAAACCAGCACUGAAUGAUAAUAGUGAUGUAUUUUCCCUGAGCUUGAGUGAUGAACAGAGCUUUAAAUCGACAGAUUCUGUUUUUGUGGACCAGCAAAAUGUCAAAGUGCUGUACCUGCAGGUCAUGGAGACAACGAGGCAGCUCCAAGAUAAGCUGAGAGAACUAAAAAAAGGGCUGACAGAGAUGGAUAGUCUAGAAUAUGAGAAAUUGACAAACUGCUGUGAGAGCCUGCAGAAAGAUUUAGAAGAAAUUAAGAGAGAAAUUGAAAAGGUAAAGGUAACUGAUGAAGAUUAUGCAGCACCUCUAAAAGAAGCCUCCAACCCAGGAAGAGAAAAAGAUUCACAGUUUCGGACAUGGAAGGAUGAGACACAGGACAUAUCAGAAAGCCUCAGGUUUGAAGAACUCAGACAAAGAAUGGCACGUCUCUUGGUCACCUUUGUUCCAGCUCUGGACCUUGAAAAGGUCAUCAAUCAGAUUCUCAGUCAUGAUAUAGAUGAGAUCUCCACUACAGAUUUAUCACUUGGAAAAGGCAGUUGCACAAUACCUACACAGCACUCUAACACCAAAUAUCACACAGAAGCCACAGAUGUAUUCACCCCUGAAUUACUUCAACACUGUGCUGACAGUGGUGCAUACAGGUUUCUGUGCUCUCAUGCUGGUGUGUUUUCUUGUAAACUGACCAACAUUUCGUUUGACAUGAAAAGGAGUGGGGAAGUGCUGUACACAGUAGAGUCCUGGGAUAACAGUCAGUUGCAGGGCAUGGGCCAGUUCAAGCCUGCCGGACCCCUGUAUAACAUUGACUGCUCUGAAGAUUCAAUUCUUUAUCUGCACCUUCCACACUGUGAGAUACACACCGAUAAAAAUAAGCUUGAACUGGCUGUGGCACAUUUCAGUGAGGAUAAUGUGGAGAUCAUUCAGCCCCUGAAUAUAACAAGCACACAUGUGAUCUUUGAAGUUCACGGUCUCUCCAUCUUUGGCCUGUUAAAAAAAUGGAUCUUCUCGGAAAACCCCAUCAGUGCCCAAGUCCUUCUGUUCUACAAAGAAAUUAUUGGAAACGAAAGGCGGAGAAAACUACACAUUCAUUUGUUGCCAGGAAAUGUGCCAGUUGAUAAGGUACAGGAACAACAUCAGUGCAACACAUACAUUCAGUGCAGCUCCAUAUGUAUACUGACCCCUGGUAAAAAAUACAGACCACACUGUGAGCCUUAUGUAUCCCAGCCAAAGGUUGAGAGAUUUGGUUGUGACUUUGGCCCUAACUAUCACCCCACAUUUGAGGUGAUCCUUAAUGCUGAGGUUGAAAACCUCACAUUGGGUCUCUUGGAUGAAACUGACCAGGAGGUGUGGGAACCUCGUCAGGUCUUUCUUACAGAUGAGAGUAGAGAAGAAGUUCCAGUAGAAAUGAAUGAAGGUGCCGCAUUUGUAGAUAAACACAGAGACACACUCAUCCAGAGAGAUUUACCAGUAUUGGAAAUCGCAGACACUCUACUGACCAAGAAACACAUCACACGUGAAAUGAAUAAUGAGAUCAAUGAGGCAACAACAACACAGAACAAAAUGAGGAUACUGUACAGACAUCUUAACUCAAGAGCUGCGAAAGCAGAAUUCUAUAAGAUCCUUAAGGAGAAGCAGCCUGACGUAGUGGAUGAGCUGAAUCUUAGAUCAAAUAAUGCAUAGAUGAUCCUCAGAGGAGACUUUUACACACCAUGAAAUGUGAAUUAAAGUUAAGAUCCAAGCACAUGCUCAUUUCAUGGAUGAACGUUUGGUGGAAGAAUUCAAAAGAACACAAGCAAAUAUUUAUUGAUUUCUACAAUUAAGUUAGACCCAUGGCACACCAUCUACAUUUUAUACCAUUUUAUAUAAAUAUAUAUAUAAUCGAAACAUUUUUGCAAAACCUUUCCUUGAAUUGGUGCUUUGUAUUUUGUACUUUUUGUAAUAUAUAUGGCAUUUAUGAACAUUUAACUGAUAUAUACAUCUACAGUAAGUCUAGAUAAAAAGACAUCUGUAAAGCCUAAAUGAAAUAUCUGCAGUUUAUUAUAAAAUUAUAUAUUUUUAAUCUAUGUCUGUAAUAUUUUACUCAAGCAGUGGUUCCACAGUUUCUUUUCAAUAGCACUGUUACAAUAAAUAUUCAAUACUCUUCAGGGCUUUUUUUUUUAUAGUAAGUGGUGUCAGGCAUUAAAAUAACGACUUUAGGGACGGGGUAAGCAAGAAUAACACGUUUUGUAAGAGCAUUUUUAUGUAAUAUUGUUUAAUAAUAAACGCAAAUGAACACAAACAAUAUGCAACUUUAGAAAAUUUCAUUCAGUCUUUUGUCUGACUCCUCCCAUCAUUUCAGAGUCCUGCUACUAAAAAAGGAGUUCAUUAAAUUCAUUACAAUUUCUCUCACACACAGGUAUACCAUGCAAUAUUAUCUCUUUUACAGCUUGUGUGUGAAUCAGUGCAGUG